AUGACAACGGGGGAGUGUUGCCACCUCCCGGGCUCCCUGUGCGACUGCACUGGCAACGCUGGCCUGUCCAAAAGUGUGGAGGAGUCGGAUAACUGCAGAGCACAGUAUGUCACCCAGGUCACAGCCAAAGAUGGGCGGCUGCUCUCCACCAUCAUCAAACCUUUGAGCACACAGAGGUACUGUGGCUGAAAACUCCUGAAAACAUUCAUACUUUCAGAGCUAAGCAUUUAUGAGAUAUUCAGGGCUUUCCAACAGGUUUUUAUAGUAGUCAUAUUUGGAACUCGUGAAAGUGUAUGCAAGUAUGUGUCAGAGUGUGGGUGUUCCCGGAAAGAUAAUGUCUCACUCUCACAGUUAGCCUCGGCAUGUAUGAGAAUUAGCUUAGCUGUUAAGACUGUGACAUGUUAUCCCAAGUGGCAUCCGGCAGGCUGUAGUAAGUAAACCCAGUUAGAGUACCCUGUUCAGGACCUCUCUCUUCCUCUUUCCUCCAGCGAUGGGCCAAUCUGCCGGAUCUGCCACGAGGGGGCCAACGGCGAGGGGCUUCUGUCCCCUUGCAACUGCACAGGGACUCUGGGCACGGUGCACAAGAGCUGCCUGGAGAAGUGGCUCUCCUCCUCCAACACCAGCUACUGUGAGCUGUGCCACACAGAGUUCACCAUUGAGCGCAGGCCCAAGCCCCUCACAGAGGUAACAAAGGGCAAUGCCUUUAGCUUGUCUGUGCUCCUCUGCCUGCCUCUGUGUGUGUGGUUGUGCUUAUGCUGUGUCAAAACACAUGAGCAUGAUUCAUUUUUUUCUCUCUUUCUGCUUGCAUAGAUUACUCAAUGCAAAAUUGUGUUUGUAGGUAGCUGCAAUACUUAUGUGUUGAUAUAGAAUUUCUGGCCUUGCUCAUGGGUCACCAACAUGCAGCUAUGUUUACUAAGUUGUGUUUUACUCAUGCAUAUUAAAUCCUGAAUAUGUCAACAGAAAUGUAGUUAGGGAGGCAUUAGGGAUUUUUUGUAAUUUUUUUGGGUAUGUGCCAUAAUGUUUAUGUAAUGAAUGAUGUAUAAACCCAGGAAGUUUAACCCUUGAUCUACUAAUGGGUAUCUCAAUAAACCAAACCAAACCCUGAAGAAGAAAAGCAGAGUCCUCCAGUGUCCCCUGUUUGGGCUAUAGUGCAUGUGCAUACUCAGAGCUCAUGUAGGCUCAGUACAUUUUCUCUUUCUUCUCUGUCCUCUCUUCUCUUUCCACAGUGGCUGCGGGACCCGGGCCCUCGUACCGAGAAGCGCACGCUGUUCUGUGACAUGGUGUGCUUCCUGUUAAUCACGCCCCUGGCGGCCAUCUCUGGCUGGCUGUGUCUGAGGGGAGCCCAAGACCACCUGCACUUCAACAGCAGACUGGAGGCCGUGGGCCUCAUCGCCCUCACCAUCGCCCUUUUCACCAUCUACAUCCUCUGGACUCUGGUAAGUAGGCACAUAUCUAGGAUCAGCUGCCCUCCCCAAAUCCUAACCUUAACUUUGUUUAUAGCUUGGAUGAACACCAAUAUUCUCUACUCUAUCCUCUCCUCUACUCUACCCUUCUCUCCUGCAGGUAUCCUUCCGCUACCACUGUCAGCUCUACUCUGAGUGGAGACGAACCCAUCAGAAAGUACGCCUGCUCCUUCCCGACGCAAAGGGGCGGCAUUCUACCCAGCAUUCCUUGCUCUCCACCAAGCUGCUGAAAAAGACAGCAGACGAGACCAUAGUUUGA